AUGUGGACCUGCACAUGCCUCGCGCCAUCGCCAUCUGGCCGCGCGGGCCGCCCCGCGCCUCGGUCGCGCCCGUCCGCUCGGCCGCCACACUGCCGUGCCGCCGGACUCGCGCCCUCCACGCCGCGCCCCAGACCACGGCCUCCGCGCUGCGACGCGCCCCCGUGCCCGGCCGCCCGUCUGCGCGCCCUCCUGCCCGUGGCCGCGCCGCGCUCCCGCGCUCAGCCGCGCCCUUGCGCGCGCCUGUCCUGCACCCGUGCCGCGGCCCCCUGGCUUCGUGCCCGUGGCGCUCGCAGAACACGCCGACGCCAACGCGGGCCGGAGCAGCCUCGCGGAGAGGUUUUACGGCCCCACCAUGGCCGCCAUCGACCACCGCGCCAGGACUUGAGCACCGGCCAGCCGAUCGAGGUCGUCAUAAUCGACGACGACGACGAGGCCGCGGCGCUGCCGUCUCCAACCCCUGCGGUUGUUGAAGCCGAAGCCAGCGAUGUGGUUGUCGAUGCGGACACUGUCGAGCCGUCGCGCCUGCCGUCCCGCUGGAGAGUCCGCAGUCGAGCAGCCGCUCCAGCCACGCAGCAGCGGUGCUCACGCUCGCGGAUGGUGCCUACAACGGCGUCGCACCCGGCACCCACCUCCGCGGUGGCUCCUCCUCCAGGACAAGCGCGGCAGGAGAUCUUCUCAUCGGUGAUACGGCCGGUCAGCCGGCGCUGGGGGGUCUCCGCUGGUCUCCGCUCUGGAUCUGGGAUUGAAGUGACUCGGGAAUUCGUAGACCUGUUUAUUUCAUCUAGUCGCUCUCCCUUAUCUACUCGGUUUGACCAGGGCAUCCGGCAUAGCAUGCCAUGUUUUGCUUAUUUGCACAUUUGUUUCAGCAGAUUAGCAUCUACUCCCUCCGUUCCUAAAUAUCUGUCUUUCUAGAGAUUUCAAAUGGUCACCACAUUCGGAUGUAUAUAGACAUAUUUUAGAGUGUAGAUUCACUCAUUUUGUUCCGUAUGUAGUCACCAUUUGAAACCUCUAGAAAGACAAAUAUUUAGGAACGGAGGGAGUAGACCAGUGUGACUAACAUCACUUCUAGUCACUGUUUUAGACCUGUUUAUUUCAGUUUCAGUAUUGUUUUUUGUCUAGUAACUUAUAUUCCAGAACAUAUGUGUGAUGU